AUGAAAAUCGUGCCUCUCGUUUCGAUCAUCACCCUGGCAGCAAGCGAAGCAGCACCGCAGGCCACCACCCAGAAGUCACAGGUCUCGGACGAAGCACUGGAGAAAGCGCUCAGCGACAAGCGAUACCUGAUGCGGCAGCUCAAGUGUGCCCUCGGUGAAGUUGCCUGCGAUCCGGUGGGCAAGCGGCUCAAAAGUCUUGCCCCUUUUGUCCUCCGUGGAGCUUGCCCUCAGUGCACCCCGACCGAGGUGACUCAGAUCAAGAAAACGCUGGCCCAUCUGCAGCGCAACUUCCCGGCCGAAUGGAACAAACUGGUGCAAACAUACGCAGGCUGA